AACGCCAACAAUAAGGUGGUUUGAGUUCAUUUGAGGCGGUUAGAAGUUUUCGUUUCGUUCAGUGACAGAAAAAGCACGUUUCUUAUAGUGUAUCGUGGUAUAUUGACACAAGGAUACUUGUGUUAAACUUUAACUUCAGCAUGUAUAUCAAACAGGUUAUCAUACAGGGUUUUAAAUCAUACCGGGAACAAACAGUGGUAGAACCCUUUGAUCCCAGACAUAAUGUAGUAGUUGGAAGAAAUGGUUCUGGCAAAAGUAACUUCUUUUAUGCUAUUCAAUUUGUUCUGAGCGAUGAAUUUUCUCACCUCCGACCUGAACAGAGACAGGCUUUGUUACACGAAGGCACAGGACCAAGAGUUAUUUCUGCACAUGUGGAAAUUAUAUUCGACAACUCUGAUGGAAGAUUACCAAUUGACAAAGAAGAAGUAUAUUUAAGAAGAGUAAUUGGUUCGAAGAAGGACCAAUAUUUUCUUAACAAAAGAAUAGUAACUCGAAACGAUGUAAUGAAUUUGCUAGAAUCAGCAGGAUUUUCAAGAUCAAAUCCGUACUAUAUCGUAAAACAGGGGAAGAUUAACCAAAUGGCAACAGCACCUGAUUCGCAAAGACUGAAAUUGUUACGAGAAGUAGCUGGCACCAGAGUGUACGAUGACAGGAGAGAAGAAUCAAAAUUUAUUUUGAAAGAAACAGAAGGAAAGUUAGAAAAGAUUCAAGACUUUCUAAGAACAAUAGAGGAACGUUUAAAGACGCUAGAAGAAGAAAAGGAGGAACUUAAAGAAUAUCAACAGUGGGACAAACAACGACGAUGUUUAGAAUAUACGAUUCACGAGCGUGAGCUCAAAGAAAAUAAAAAGAAGCUGGAAGAUUUAGAAAAAUCCAGAGCUAACAGUGGAGCUGAGCAGGCAAGAUUAUGUGCCGAAGCGAAAACUGCCCAGGAAAUGGUAAGAGUAGCGACGAAACGACUGAAGGAAGCAAAAAAGGAGGUGCAGACUUCGAAGGAAGAGCGAGAUACGUUAAGUGCCGAACAGCAGCAAUUAUUAAAGGAGAAAACCAAGUUAACGUUUACUAUUAAUGACUUAUUAGAAGAAGUGAAAGGCGACAACGACAGUAGAAAGCGUGCUCAACAGGAACUAGAAAAAUUGAAAGCGAAUAUCGCGGCAAGAGAAGCAGAAUUGGAGAAAUUAAAACCAGAAUAUGAAGAAAUGAAACGUGUCGAAGAGGAAUGUACACGUGAAUUGCAAUUGAAAGAGCAAAAGCGGAAAGAAUUAUAUGCUAAACAGGGACGUGGUAGUCAAUUUACCAGCAAGGAUGAGAGAGAUAAAUGGAUUCAAACUGAGCUCAAACAACUUACAAAACAAAUUAAGGAUAAGGAGGAACAUCAAAGAAAAAUUAGCGAAGACUUGAAACGAGAUGCGGAAAAGCAAGUCGUUUUGGAAAAGAAGAUUGAAGAACAUACGCGUGAAAUGGAACGACAACGAGCUUCGAUAGAUGAGCAUAAUAAACAAUAUUAUGAACUCACGAAAGCGAAGGACCAGUGUCAAGCUACUCGAAAAGAACAAUAUCGACAAGAGAGUGUAUUACAACUCAACUUAUCAGGAUUGAAAGAAGAUUUAGCUAAGGCAGAUCAAAAUUUGCGAUCUAUGGCUGGUAAACCGAUUCUGAAUGGUCGAGAUAGUGUGCGGAAAGUGUUGGAUACAUUUCGACAAAAGAAUGACAUGGCCCAUGAAGUGAAUAGUUAUUAUGGGCCUGUGAUUGAGAACUUCAGUUGCGACAAGAGUGUUUAUAUGGCUGUAGAGGUAACUGCUGGAAAUCGAUUAUUCCAUCACAUUGUCGAAACUGAUAAAUUCGGAACGAAAAUUCUGAAAGAAAUGAAUAAUCAGCGACUGCCCGGGGAAGUGACGUUUAUGCCUUUAAAUCGACUUCACGUCAAAGAUAUAGAUUAUCCAGAAACCAGUGACGCUAUACCUAUGAUAUCACAGCUACAAUAUGAUCAGAAAUAUGCCAAAGCUUUGAGUUUUAUAUUUGGAAAGACACUGAUUUGCCGCAAUUUGGAAGCUGCAACAAAUUUGGCUCGCACGUCUGGUUUAGAUUGUGUGACUCUUGAAGGUGAUCAAGUAUCCUCAAAAGGAUCUUUGACAGGAGGAUACUUCAACACGUUAAGGUCUCGUUUGGAGAUACAAAAGACGAGAUCAGAGCUAAUGGCUCAAAUUGAUUCCCUCGAAACGCAGCUUUCAACGCUUAAAGAGGAAAUCAGAAAAGCGGAUCAAAACAUCAGUUCCUACGUUAGCGAAAUGCAAAAGACAGAAACUAAAAACAGCAAAGCCAAAGAUGUGUAUGAUAAAAUGAAAGCUGAGAUACGACUCAUGAAGGAAGAACUGAGCGCGAUAGAAAGAUACCGUACACCGAAGGAACGAAGUUUAACGCAGUGUACAUCGAGCUUAGAAGCGAUGCGUGCAACAAAAGAAGGCUUGGAAAGUGAAUUACAUCAAGAACUUAUGGCACAAUUGUCUGUAGCUGAUCAACGGCAGGUAGACAUGUUAAACGAUGACAUAAGGCGCUUGACAAAAGAUAAUAAGGAGGCAUUCGCGAAGCGAAUGCGGUUGGAAGCUGAGAAAAAUAAAUUAGAAAAUUUGUUGACCAAUAAUUUGGUCAGAAGAAAGGACGAGUUAGUCCAAGCACUACAAGAGAUAUCGGUAGAAGAUCGACAACGUCAAUUAGAAUCGUCAAAAGCACAGCUAGCGGAUAUUGAAAAGAGAUUAGUGAAAGUGAACUCAGAUUUCAAAGCUCAGAACGAAAGAGUAACUAACGCUAUAAAAAAGCAAAAAGCAGAGUCCGCAGAGGUUGAAAGGUGGAAAAUAAAAGAGAAGGAAGCCCAGGAAAAAAUAGACGCCGAUGCCAAGGACUUGGAGAAACUAGCUAGUAAACUAAAUAUUUUACAACAGAAAAUCGUAGAGUGUACGCAAAAAAUCACAGAACUUGGCGCACUGCCUAGUCAUGAUGUGUACGCUAAAUUUUGUGAAAUGACUACCAAACAAUUGUUCAAAGAAAUGGAAAAAGCAAAUAAUCACUUAAAGAAAUAUAGUCAUGUAAAUAAAAAAGCCUUGGAUCAGUUCAUGUCGUUUAGUGAUCAAAAAGAGAGAUUGGUAAAAAGGAAAGAGGAGUUGGAUAGAGGUGAUGAGAAAAUCAAGGAAUUAAUGUCGGUUCUCGAACAACGUAAAUGCGAGGCAAUUCAGUUUACGUUCAAACAAGUGAGCAAAUACUUCAGCGAAGUAUUCAAGAAAUUGGUUCCUUCUGGUCAUGCACAACUAGUUAUGAAAACUGCAGAUGGAGACGAAGGAGACGAUACGACAACCGAAUCAGCCGAUUCUGAUAGGUUUAUUGGAGUUGGUAUACGAGUUUCAUUCACCGGUCACAGAGCCGAAAUGAGAGAAAUGAAUCAGUUAUCUGGUGGACAGAAAUCACUUGUAGCGUUAGCGUUAAUAUUUGCUAUACAAAAGUGUGACCCAGCGCCGUUUUAUUUGUUCGAUGAAAUCGACCAGGCUCUAGAUGCGCAACAUAGGAAAGCUGUAGCGGAUAUGAUCCACGAACUUAGUUCAGAUGCCCAAUUCAUCACGACCACCUUUAGGCCAGAGCUAUUACAACACGCGAACAAAUUUUAUGGCGUUAAAUUUAGAAACAGAGUUUCGCACGUUGUCUGCGUAACUCGAGAGGAAGCAGCAGAUUUUGUAGAGGACGACACGACGCAUGGAUAAUAUAAGAUAUAACGUAUUUAUAAAUUAUUAUUAGUCUCUGGAUGCGGUUACUUUUUAAAAAAUAUCUGCUUUAUGUUCGUCAAUAAUUUUUACAAAUGUUGUUUUUGAAAACGCACUUUUAUCAGAACGAAUGAAAAACUUGAAAGUUAUCAUUCAGAAAUGAACGUUUUACUUUAAUUGUGCAGGAAAUAAUUAACUCUAUUUUCCAUCAUGGAAUUAUAAUUUAUAUGUUUAGUUAAUACACUGAGUAUCUAUCAUUUCAUUUCAUUAUUUCUUGAUCUAAUUAUGUAUACACGAUAUUUCAAUUA